UGUUUUGACGGCGAUUUAAAAAGUCGUGACAUAUCUAUCAAAAUGUUGUUAGUUCAUGACGUAUGAACGAAAUUAUAUAGAAAAAAAAUUGCCCUCUUUAUCUCGUUUUUUGUUUUCGCCAUAACCGCAUUGAACCGCAUUUUUCAGAUGUUAUUGUGCUCGUUACUUAAAAUUAAAAAUGUAAUUGAUAAUUCUACGUAAAGUAGGUCAAAAAAUUAUAUUUUAUCAGAAGUAAAUUAAACGUCAGCAAGAUGAGAGAUUAUAAUUCAGAGUUUGUCUACGCAGCAAGAACAGGAAACGAAACAGUAGUAAGAAAGCAAUUUGAUAAAAUUCCCCUCGAUACAAAAGAUGAACAACUUUAUUACGCUUUAUAUUUUGCCUCUUUUAAUCGUGAAGAGAAAGUAGUCAAAUUUUUACUCGAGAUGGGAGUUAAUCCAAAUUUUGUGAUUCAAUCAUGUUUGCCUCCUUUACUUGGCGCAGUUUUGAAAAAACAUAAUUCUAUUGUUGAAUUAUUACUAGAAUACGGAGCCGAUGUUGAUCCCAAAAUAUCCUCAAAAUACGGACUAGAGGAAGAUUAUUUCUGUCCUCCACUUAUCGCGGCCACUUACUUUGACAAUGAAAUAGCAAUGGACAUGCUGUUGAAGAAAGGAGCGAACGUUGAAGGAAAAUUAAAAUUAGUACAUAAAGUGGAAUUAUCAGAAUGGAAAAACGAUAAAUGUACCGAGGCAUUGGCAUCACGUUUGUCAAAUCGUUUACAUUAUGGAAUAUUCAAAAGUCAGGAAGCAUGGAAGGUGUGUGAUGAGAAAAAAAUUGAAGAAAUCUUCAAAUUCGUUGAUGAUACAGCAUUGAAUAUUGCGAUUCAUUUGAAUAAGGAGAAAAUGAUAGAAAUGCUUCUAGCUCACUAUCCGGAGAAGAGUAUUUUUAUUAAUUCCUCAAGUCCAUUGACCUUAGCCCUGGCGAACAAUAAUAUGACACUUAUUAAAUUGCUGAUAAAAAAUGGAGCCAAUAUCAAGGAGGAAAUAAAAAGCGAACAUUUGCUUGGACAAGGGCUGAAGUGUUUGAUUCUGAAUUCCUCCCGUGAUUCCAAUUAUGAGGUAUACAGUCAAUGGGAAUGGAUCGAAAAGAAUAUGGUGUUGAAGUAUUUUCUUGAAAUUGGCAUGGAUCCGAAUGUAUGGUCAACGAAAAAGAAUGGAACAGUUCUUCAUUAUGCCGCAAGUAAGGGAAUGGCACACACGGUUCAUCUUCUGCUGAAACACGGAGCGAACGCAAAUAUUGCUGAUGGAAAUGGAAAAACACCUCUCCAAUACUCCGUGGAAAAUUUACAAAAACUUUUAAACGAAAUUCAGGAAAAUUAUUAUUGUCCCGAAUUUAGGAUCUCCUAUGAUUCUGACGAUGACGUCGAUGAAGAAAGACGUAUUUCGAUACUUGAAUCGAAUCGAAAGUAUAUAUUAGAAAACAGAAAAGUCUACAAUCUCACACAUAAACAAUACUUGUUCAAUGUAUCAAAAUACAUAAAUGCCUGCAAAAAUAAUGGUGGUUUUACCAUUUUUCGAGAUCCAGUUCCCUAUCGAAUGAUAGCUCAACUAUUGACACGCGAACUUGUCAAAAUGGAAGAACUCGGCACAAGGAUCACUCUGCAAAAUAAAAAAAUACUCGAGUCGACAUUUGUCAAACCCUAUUAUACAAAAUGCAAAAAUGAAUUGAAGAAAUUGCAGAAAAUCUACGUUUGCCCUUCCAUAACUUAUUACCGUAUUUUAACCGCCGAUGAAGAGGCUAUAACAUCAUACAUGGAAAAUGAGCUCGUUUCUUCAAACAUCAAAAAAGAAAACUAUCGUGACUUUUUUUCGAAUUAUGGACGAUUUUUGGCAUUGAAUAUUAAACGGGGAUUAAAGAGAAAGAAUCCUUCUAAUGAUGAAUUAAUUGAUUCAAGUGAUGAUGAGGUGCAAGUGUCUAUUGAAAUGCCAAAAAAGAGACUCAGGGGAUGAACUUUGCUUUUUGAUUCGGAAAAGUAUUAAACUUUUUUCUUUUUUUUUUUUAAAUUGAAAGAAUAAAAAAAGUUCAAUGUUUGUUUAUUUAAAAAAAUUAUAUUGAUUUAAAAAUUCAAUAUUGGUUAAUUAAAAAUAUUUCAGAUUUGCUUCUUAAUUCGGAAAAGUAUUAAACGGUUUUUUCUUUUCUUUUAAAUCAGAGA